UUGUGAGUCAAGUUUAAAACAGGUGGCUAUUCACGAAACCUAAAUUGUGCCCACAUCGUAAUUCCCAAUUACUAACUCAUUACGAUAAUUGCAGUAAAAUAUAUAUAUCCAGAUAUACUUGUUCAUAUUGUCUACUUUUCUGUAUGUUUUUCUCCAAUUAUGAUAGCUUAACUUCAGAGAACAGCGAAUUCGGCGUUUUAUAUUUAUUGCAGCGUCAUAUCGAGGUAGCAAAAGCGUCUAUAAACAAAAUCAGCUAAAUUUAGCUGGCUAACCACGCGAUAGAGGUGAAACUUGAAAGAAUGAGAGCACUUUAAAUUGAAGCACAAAACUCCUGCUGAAAACUUGAAAUUGAUAACAAUGGAAUGUAGUAUUGUAUAACCGAAGAAAACGGCUCAUUUUGAAAGAGAAUUGUCAGGGUGAAUCUUGAAGAUAUUGUUUUGUGUUUGAGGCGAAAAUCGACCGCGGAAAUUCUUGCCGAGGAAAUAUGGCUUCGGCAAAGAUUCAACGAAUGUCAAAAUCAGGAAAAAAUAAACCAGGUCAGACUCGUUCCACGAAGAGCAGCGAAGUCCCAGACGAGAUACAAUGCAAGAUAUGUAAGAAACGUUACGAGGAUCCAAAGAUUCUUUCGUGCCUGCAUACCUUCUGUAAAGCCUGUUUGGAAGAAAGUUUAGAAACGCACAACGGCGUAUUAUAUUGCCCAGUGUGUCCAGCGGAAAUGAACUCCACUGAUAUGUCCGACGUGAAUAAACUUCAGAGUAAUUUCAUGAUCAGCAAUCUCCUGGAAGCCAUCGAUCUCAAACGAGGUUUAGGUUCGAAGCUUUGCAACAGCUGUGAAGAGGGUGUUUCAGCCACCUCGCGCUGUUUUGAAUGCAGCGAUUUCUUGUGUGGAAACUGCGUCGAAGCGCACAAACGCGUCCGGUUCACGAAAAAUCACCGAAUCGUCGCGAUUAAAAACCUCGGCGCUGACUCGAUGGUCAAAACCCCGACCUGCGCCACUCACGUGCAAGAAGCAGUGAAAAUGUACUGCAAACGAUGCAAAAAACCUGUUUGUAGGUCUUGUUUACUGAACGAACACGAUGAACACUUGUUAGUUUCGUUAAAAGAAGCCGUCGAGGAAACUAAACCGAAGCUCAAUACAUUGCUGGUUGCGACUCGAGCAAGGAUACCAAUUUUACAACGCAAGCUCAAAGGAGUCCACGCGUCCAAGGAGAAACUGGAAACUAAGGUUGAUGAGGUUAUUAAAGAGAUACAGGCGACGUCAGCGCGUAUUUUAAUGGCGGUGAAAAGACGGGAGAAAGAUUUGUACAAAAUGUUACGUCGCAUUCACGACCAGAAGAGCGAUGAUCUGGAGGGCAGGGAGUUGGCGCUUGAGAAUGAUCUCGCUCAGGUUCUGGACAGCUGUGAUUUCGCCGAGGAGUUAGGGAGGAAUGGUGACGAAGGCAUGGUGUUGCACUUGAACGAGAUGACGUGUGCAAGGCUGCGGUAUUUGAGCGGGAAAGAAGACGAGGCGGUGCCGGGGAUCGCCGAGGAUGAGAUCGAGUACAGUGUCGAGGAGAAACCUGUGCUGGACCAGUUGAAGAUAUACGGAAGAGUUUUGUCAAAGGAACAGAAGGCAAAGAAGGAAGAAAAAGAGAAGAGAGACGAGAAAGAUGGUAAGAGUGGAAACAGCAAGGAGAAGCAGAAAGCAGAGGAAGUGGAAGAGAAGAAGCCAAUGAUUGAGCGUCGUCAGAGCUGGUUACAAACUCUGGUUAAUCCUCGUGCAUUGAUAAGAAGGUUGAGUUUUGGCGGUGACGAGAUGGAGGAUAAGAAACCGGAGGAGAAGAAACCGGAGGAGAAGUCCCCUUCGAAGGAACAUGACGAGGAUCAGAGUGAUGGCACCCAAACACCACAACAAACACAAGCUAAGAAUGACUCAGAACAACAACAACAACAACAACAGCAGCAGCAACAAAAUGAUCCUGAGCCACGAAGACGCGCAGAUUCUGUUUCAAAAUCUGAACAGCCACAAACACAGAAGCGCGAAGAAGAACAUGUUUACGCCAUGCCAAAUAAACCCAAGUCAGGAAAAUCACAGAACACGAUACCUGUCGAGCCAAGUAAGUCCCCACCGCUACCUCCACGCCCUGAAAGUCUGCUUAAUGAACCCGCAACAGUAUCCCCAAAUGACCCUAACCAAGCCAUUUUGGUGUCCCCAAGAACCCACUCGAUCCUAAAACAAUCCUCACCACAAUCUCCGCCUUCUCAUCCACCUGAACAAUCGCAGGAAUUCGAGGCAACCCAAGCUUGGACAAUUCGGGGAGGUUCGGUACCCUCCGGAGCGCACUCGCAGUCCUAUCUACCGAGUCUCUGUAUACUCACGAAGAACCGACGAGGACGGCCGAGAGAGGUCGAGAUUCAGCUGGAAUCGCCCGACAAGAGCAUCGUGUCCGCGCAGAUCCUGGAUCAUAAAAAUGGGACAUACACGAUAUUUUAUUGCCCAUUGACGCAUGGGGAACACAACUUGUACGUAAAUCUUGGUGGGAAAAACAUAAAACACGGAAAGAAAGUGUUGAAUUUCUACGGCAAGUUCUCCGGCAUGGGAGCAGAAGAGCUUUUUCUGGCGAGGCGAGUGUUGAGUUGCAUACGUUGGCAAGUUACGCCUGGUUUUGUUGAACUUAAGGACAAAAAAUUGAAACCAAAUCAUGAUAUUUGAUUAUAAGAAACAUAUCCAUGUGCUUACGGUUUGGUCUCGUUGUUAGCUCCACUCCGACAAUUGAACUAAAAUUUUUUAUCUAUGUUCUAUCACAACGAACAUU